GCUCAGCCCUGUGAGGGCAGUGAAGACAGCUUCCUGAGCCAGAGGUUCAAGAUGAUUUCCUCAUUAUGGAUGGUGGGGGCACUCUGCUGUCUGAUGUUGCUCCCAGGCCUGCUGGAGGCCAAAUCUUUGUUAAACUCCAUGAGACAGGAAGAGAUGGUCCCUGUCACUGAUGUUCAUAUGGACUCUGAGAAAGCAAACGACUUUCUGACUCACUCCAGGCCGAAGCGUAAUGUGGAUCCAAGGUGGUACAGAGGAAACCCAGACUUCCAGGCUUACUACCGCUACUACAGCAGCAUUGGACACACUGAGGGGCUCUAUGAGAUCGACAAGCUGCGGAUGCUCUACCAGCAGAUGAGAUACCUGGAACACACCUACGGACCCAACGCUUCCCAUUUCCAGAACAAACUGGGAGUGCCAAUGAUCAUGUGUGACCCAGCAACAGACAAGAAGUGUAAAGUUCCUCCUCCACCUCCGAUGAAAGGAGUCCCAAUUCCAGAUCCCGCAGCGACCCCUCCUCCUCUUCCUCUUCCUCCUGCUCCAGGCCUCUCCCAGGCUGAUGUUCUCUACCUGUGCAACAAGAAAGACCCCCUCUGCAAGCCCCACAUCGUCUACCUGCCCACCGGCUCCGUGCCCGUGCUCUGCGACCCUCGCUACCACCCCCACUGCACCCCACAGAAAGUUCCAGCCCCAGUCGCAGUGCCCCAACCUCCUCCACCUCCACCCAAAAAGUCCGCCCCACCUCCACCUCCACCAAUCCUGGUCAAAAAGUCUCCCCCAGCCCCCAUCCGCACCUUCAAGGGCAUGGAAUACGACUGUGACCCCUAUUGGGACCCCGACUGCCUGAUUGACCAUCCACCCAGACCCAUGAAGGGGAAGAUCAUGGUCCCCCCACCGCCACCUCCUCCUCCUCCCAUGGAGGAAGAGAAAGAGGAGCCAGUGGAGGAGCCUGUUCCCAUCGAGAAGAAAAAAGUAGCCCUCUACCCUUACCCACACUACUACCCAAUGCCAUACAACCCCAUGGAUGAUCUGUAUGACCCUUCCCGCUUCCACUACCCACAGCCUGCUGCUUCUGCUGAUGAGCCUGCAGAGGAGAGUCAGUAAAACAUCCAGGAUGUGUUGGAGGAAAAGGUGUUUUUACUUUAAAAUGAAACAGACUUUGACUGAAGACAUCCGAGUUGAACAAUGUCAUAUUUUCAUGGAAUACCACCUUUACUAAAGCAUUGACAUGUUGCAGCAUUUGUUAACUGUUAAUGUACGGCUGUUUUUCAGUCAACACAAGCAUGUAACAGCAAUGAUUUUUGACUAAUGAGAUAAUAAAGUGUCACAAAAUAGUUUCCCAUCAGUGAACGAGUUGUGUUUUGACUUUCAGAAUGCAGAAAGGAAGGAAAGUGUUUGCUCCUUCAGGUGCCACACGGCAGGUAAAAGCAGACUAGUAAAGCAGAAGUGCCAACUUGCAGGCUGGCGGUCAUUAUGUCUGGUUCCUCUGUACAUUUAAUAGCCAUAAAAAUGCUGACUCCUGUUAAACCUCCGACUCUGCCCCCUCCUCUCCCGUCUGUCUGUUUAAACCUCGAACAGCAGGAACACGACUUCAAAAGACUAACUGCAAACACUCCUGACAGUAAAGCUACACCAACUGACUUUCAUGAGCUCGUUUUUCACUGCACGUCUGACAUUUUUAGGAGCUGUGCGUCUAGCCUAUUAUAAUCAUUAAGGUUCCGAAAGAAGAAGAGACAAAGUCCCAUGAAAAAAAUCAGCAGAUCAUUUAUUACAUACAGAAACAUGAAACAAUAAAACAAACGGGGUAAAACAAUAUGUUCAUGUACAGUGGAUUCAUUUCUGUGCAUAUCCAAGAAAAAAGUUGAGCGGUUUUGUACAUAUCUCUUACCAGUUGGUGCAUUUAAGUGCUUUUAGAUACACUUGUGGUUGAAAAUAGUGAACUGCUUUGAAAAGCUACCGAAUUUGUUUUAGCUGACCAAAAUACAAACAAACCAAAAAAAAAAAAAA